UUCAUGGUAGAAGAGGAAAAAAACGCAGUAGUGGAACUUUACACUGGGUGAGAUGCUGUGACCAGCUGUGAGUGUUUUCUGUCAGCAGGCUAACAGGAAGUGUUUGGGAUUUAACCAAAUCUAGGAACCUUUCUGCGGCUUGUUGACGUCCUGACUGCUGCCGCACGACUAGCAGACGAGUUCACUAGCGCAGGCUAACGUCAACACUGCAGCUUUGCACGAGCUGUCCCGGACACCGCAGCCGUUCCAGUCUGUUGCCCCGAUCCUACAGUCCCCGAACAGGAUCCAGCUCAGCCUGAGCCUGUGCCACUGCUCUGGCUAUCAUCAGGACUGCUGAUCCACUGCUCCACCAGUAUGGCUAACAGAGACACUGUCAGUCUGCGGGUCUUCUCUCUCAACUGCUGGGGGAUCCGCUACCUUAGCAAACACUGUCCUCAGCGCUAUGCCAUGAUCGGGGAUAUGUUGUGCAAGGAAGAACAUGACAUUGUCUUACUACAGGAGGUAUGGAGUGAAAAAGACUAUCUGUCCUUGAAAAAGAAACUUGCCAGUUGCCAUUCCUUCUCUCAUUACUUCAAAAGUGGAGUCAUAGGCAGUGGACUGGCCAUUUUCUCCAAACAUAGAAUCCAUGAUGCAUUUCUUUAUCGUUACUCACUGAAUGGUUAUCCAUACAUGGCCCACCAUGGAGACUGGUUUGGAGGUAAAGCCGUUGGGAUGGCCAUCUUAAACAUAGGGAGACUGACAGCACACGUUUAUGUCACUCAUCUGCAUGCAGAGUACUGCAGAGAGAAGGACUCCUAUCUACCUCACAGAGUGGUUCAGGCCUGGGAGCUGCAGCAGUUCAUUCGCCAUACCUCCGCUGGAGCAGAUGUGGUGAUUGUAGGCGGCGAUCUUAACAUGCACCCUCAGGACCUUGGCAACAGACUACUAAGGGCAUACACAGGCCUCCGGGACUCUUAUUUAGACACGGCUAAGUUUGAUGGCUGUGAGGAUGGUAUGACUCUAAUAGCGGACAACCCUUUCAUUAGCAAGAAAGAGAUCGUUCCUUUUGAGAAAGGAAUCCGAAUAGACUAUAUCCUAUUCAAGGGUUCCUCUACAGUGAACAUUCAGUGUGAGUGCAUGUCCACUACCAAAGGUUCUGUCCCUGACCAUCCUUUCCCAUACUCUGAUCAUGAGGCGCUGACUGCUGAGCUGAGGCUGGACCCACUCACCCAGACUGAAAUCAGAAGUGACAAGUAUAUGGAUCAGAACUGUGCUGAAGGCAAGUUGGCUGAGUUGGUAGACAUUCUGACAGAGGCCCGUACAGAAGUCAAAGUUGGUCUGCACUGUGCUGAAAGGAUGCGCUACACAGCAACACGUACUGGAGUGAUGGGCCUGGCUCUGCUUUUCCUGGAGCUGGCCAUCGCAGCUGUGCCCUGGUUGGCUCUGGGGGCAGAGCAACCUUUCCCCCGCAUCUCCUUCUACCUGCUGGGUGCGCUGUGUUUCGCCAUCUUGCUGACUACCUCUUUGCUGUACAUCUUCUACACCAUGGAAGUGAAGUCUCUUCAGGGGGCUGAGGACCAGAUGAGGCUGGCUGUCGGCAGUCUGCAAGAGAGGCUCCGUGGCUCUCCGGUGGUAAAUCCUCACAACAGCCAGCGAGGGCCCCCCGAGGGCCAGGACCCCAGUGCCUUUGACCCAGAGGAAUAGAUCAUUAGGCAUUGCAACUGGGUCAGCAUGGACUCAUGGAAAGUCUUUGAUAUGAGGUUUGAGAAGGACCUUGGGAGGAGUGCUGCUGUUCUGAAUGUGUUUUAUGUGCUUGAGAUUUAGAUUUUUACUGCAGAAUGCAUCAUGAAGGGGCUUGAACCAGAGAUGGACAUUUUUGAACGUAGUGCAGGACACAUGCUAUGACAUUUUUAUACUUUGUUUUUAAUACUUGUUUCUUUUUACCUUAAACCUUGGUUUCCCUCCAUGCACUUCCUCAAAUAUGCUUCCAGUUUAACAAUAUGGCAGUUCCAUCCUGCACCCUGCAGUGAUAAGUUACUAAAUACUGUACAUCAUAAAUGCGAAUGUGAAUCUGUAUGUUAAAGCUACUUUAUAGUGUACCCAGACUUGAAAUGAUUGGGAAUUAAGUGUGAGGCCUUUCAGGUCCAACUUGAUUCCAAAACUCUGUGCCAGUGGGACCAUUUUUUUUUCUUUUUUUUUCUUUUCUGUCUUUCUUUCUUUCUUUUUUGAUAAUAUAGAAGUAAUUUUGCUGCUUACAACCACAUGAAAGACAGAAGUAAUUGUGCAACUUACAUAAUGUUGUUAGAACCAAUGCACACCAUGCAGCCUCAAGUUACAGACUGUAUUUAGCUUUUUAUUUACUUAAAUGCUAACGUAAAUUUUAUCCCUACACCUCAGGGAAGAUGCAGAAACUGUGUGGGUAGCAAUGUUAAUAGAAUAUUUUGGUUUGACAGAUCACUGAGUGCUAAGAGACAAAGGCUCCAGCACACUGGUUAGGUCUUUUUAAUGCAAUGCAGGAAAAGGACAAACCCUGCAUGUCUCAUUUAUCAUGUUUAUUGACUUGCACGGCAGAGUGCUUUUAUGUUAGGAGACAAUCUCUGCUCCUGUGUUAUAUAGCCCAAAAUAUAGCAGUGUGAAUGCACUAAAAAUGUUUUAGGUUCUUUAACUUGAUCUAAGUACAGCAGAUAGAUCAGCUAAUUUUACACAGUGUCUUAUUGCAUCCUUAUGGAAAAUGGAAAAUGCUUUAGUGUUUAAUCCACCUAGUUGACUAACAAGAUAAAUCAUUUCCUUUUUAAUGUUAUAAGCGCUAAGAAAUGAGCUAGCAUUGCAUAUACGUAGUUCACUUUCAGUAUAAAACAAUGAAAGAUCUCGCAAAAGCUUGUUUUUAAAGGAUUUACUUUGAUUAUUUAGCCUAUCUUCUUCAGCCUCAGUCUCUGCGCAAUCUUGUAGUAGUGCACAGCUCUUAAUUGUACCAAGAUGUAUAGCAUUUCAAAUAAUACCUCAUUGUUUUCAUUCCUGUUAAACUAUCUUGAACAUUAUUGUGAAGGCAAUAAUAAAGAUUUUUAUUCAUG